CGCUGCGCCGGCGCGACGCGGGGCGAGGCGGCGGUUUGAAUCCCGGCGGGCGGGCAGGCGGCGCUGUCUCCUGCGGACAUGGCGGUGGUGCGGCCCUUUGACAAGCUCCCGGAGCUCAACUCCGUCGCCCUCCUGCUGGUGUGUUCGGACGAAGGCCUCCAGCGGCAGCUGGCGGAGGCGAUGCUCCGAGAGAAGAAGAGCUUCACGAUCAGUAUUCACCUUACUACAUCCCUCCCCUUACCUUCAGAGAGGGAUCACCUUCGGCCCAGGAUAGAUAUGAUUGUGUUCAUGAUUGACAUCAAGAGCAAAUGCAGCUUGAAGAAUGUCGAAGCUUCCCUAGCUCAUGUGGAUGCCAGCUUCUUCCUGGGGAAAGUGUGCUUUCUUGUCACUGGGGUUGGCAGGGUGAAUUACUGCAGUGUAGACAUGAAUGCCAUCUGGAAACUGGGAGAAGUCUACUGCAGUCCUGUGCUAUUCUGUGAGCUGGAGUUGGAAGGCGUACGAGUUGCCACUGCUCAGCGACUUCUCCGGAUGUUACAGAUCUGUGCUGGUCACAUACCAGGAGUUUCUGCCUUGUCCUUUGGCACACUGAUGAGGAGCUCUGCUGAUGACUAGCUUCUCAUUGUGAGAAUUCAGCCAGAUUCAUCGUUGUUUGGGUUUUUUUUCACUUCAGGCAUUCAAGCUGCUGUGGUUGGAAUCACAUUGGGAAGCUUUUUUGCCUGACUUAUUAUGACCAUUCAUCCAGAGCUGUUCCUAGUUGCUAAUCUUUCAAGAAAAGUUUGAUUCCUGUUCAGUUGAUAAGGUGUAGGUGCUGGAGGGAGGGCAGUUUGAAUUGGGGAUUCCUAUAUAUUACUACGUCUGAAUCCCAUUACAUGAUCAAGUUUGAGUUUCACCCACUUUGCCAGUGGCCAGGAGCCAUGUGUUUUACUGAGAAAAUAUCAGGAGAAAGGUCACUAUCACAAACGCUGCGUGUCAUGGUUGAGUUUCUUAGUUUCAAUGUCCCCGAAGUACUAGAGAAGAGGCAUCAGGUUCCUACUUCCUUUCGAUUGAAAUGUAGCACCUUGGACUAAUGUGAAACCUCACGGGCAGGUUUCAUCUCCCCACCAAGAGAAUAAUGGGGAAGGAAGGCUGUCCUGCAGCUUCUAGAUAGGCUGCAAUUGGCAGUUAAUGAUCCAGCUGUGUGAGCAUCUGCCCGGUGAAGGGCUCAGUAUUUCCAUGCCUAGUACCUAAUUGGGGAGGAAGAGACUAAAAAAGAUAAUCUAUCACUUUAGCUGUGUCUUAGAUCUUUAAACAAAAAGACUCCAUCUCUCAAGCCUAGGAUAAUGAGCAACUCUAUUCUUUGAUUGUGAUUUGGCAGCUGUGGACUGCUCUGCUGCAAGUUAGUCCCUGCAGACCAAGAAAUAAUUCUCCAGAGAGGUCAAACCUUCUCUGAGUCAGGAAAUGAAGAGGUGAAAGGGCUGUAACUGACAGUGUAGCAGCACUUAAUGCAUUACAGCCAUGGCAGGCAGACCACAGGAGGAGAAACAUGCAGCUGCUAGUGGAAAUCAAUCUUUGUUCUCAAAGUAAAGAGCCACAGAACAGCUUUUCUCUCUCUCAUGCUCUCGAAGAGACAAAUCUAAGAUUAAGUGACGUUGCUGGCCUCCAGUAAGCCUCUGUAAAUUGUGCAGCUCAGUUCCACAGAGCUGCAGGAGUGCACUUAUCCCUCCAGCAUCCGUAGGGCUGAGGCUCUGCACUCCAGAGCUGAUCAGAGAUGAAACAGCAGACUGGACUAUAGCAGCAUACAGAAAACACGUGUUGUCUCUUGCAAGGUGGGCAUAUGCUGUGUAUAAUCCCUUAACUGUUAGGUUUCUAUCAGCAGUAAUUCAUGCCUUAUUCUUAACUGCAAGUCAAUUGUGUGUUUUGGAGU